AGACGCUCAACUGACUGAGCCCCCCAGGCGCCCCUCAGUCUUCAGAGUUUUUAUUGAUUUCUCAGAGCAGUUUCUGGCCACAAAAUAGUGAAGAGCAAUCCUUUGCCUUUUAUCCAGUUAACUUUCUGAUGCACAGAUCUGAUCUUGGCACAGUGAUGCAUUGACUCUUCACUGCCCUCAGCACAGGGUCCAAAUGCCUUAACCUGGGCAUUCAGGGUCCCAGGCAGCCAGACGCCCAUCUUCCUUUCCUUUUUACUCCCGCCUUGUACCCUGGCCAGUCCGGUGGCCUUCACCUGCCUUUCUCUCGUCCAGUCCCAAGGCCGCUCAGGAGCAGGGGCCGUGCUCGCCUUGAGCGACCAGUGCCUGGCAGGUGCCGCACAGGGAGCUUUCGCGGGCCACUGCACUGGAUGCUGUCCUGAGGUCAAGCCCUGGCUGGUUGGUUGGGCUGGUAACUUUGAAGCUCUCCCUUUCUGAUCCCGAGAGUCUUCCUGGUAGCAGUGCUGUCAAAACGCAGAGAAGGGCCACGGAGGCAGAGGCUGGCGGCGCCAGGAGGGAAGUGGACAGGAUGAACUGUCGCUCGGAGGUGCUGGAGGUGUCGGUGGAGGGGCGGCAGGUAGAGGAGGCCAUGCUGGCCGUGCUGCACACGGUGCUCCUGCAUCGUAGCACGGGCAAGUUCCACUACAAGAAGGAGGGCACCUACUCCAUUGGCACCGUGGGCACCCAGGACGUGGACUGUGACUUCAUCGACUUCACCUACGUGCGGGUCUCCUCUGAGGAGCUGGACCGUGCCCUGCGCAAAGUUGUCGGGGAAUUCAAGGAUGCGCUGCGCAACUCUGGGGGUGAUGGGCUGGGGCAGAUGUCCCUGGAGUUCUACCAGAAGAAGAAGUCUCGCUGGCCUUUCUCGGACGAGUGCAUCCCCUGGGAAGUGUGGACGGUGAAGGUGCACGUGGUUGCCCUGGCCACAGAGCAGGAGCGGCAGAUCUGCCGGGAGAAGGUGGGCGAGAAGCUCUGCGAGAAGGUCAUCAACAUUGUGGAGGUGAUGAACCGGCACGAGUACCUGCCCAAGAUGCCCACGCAGUCGGAGGUGGACAACGUGUUUGACACAGGCUUGCGGGAUGUGCAGCCCUACCUCUACAAGAUUUCCUUCCAGAUCACUGAUGCCCUGGGCACCUCGGUCACCACCACCAUGCGCAGGCUUAUCAAAGAUACCCUUGCCCUCUAGGCCUUAACUGGGGCCGCGGGUUCUCCUGGAUGGCUUGUAGACCUUGGCUUCCGGGGAUCGUACUGUGGGGCCCUUGGGGCUCUGGAACGUGCUCCGGGUUCUUGAUGAGACUUGGAAUGGCCACCCCUGGCUUCCUUGUUUUGUGGCUGCCAGUCUUUGGUCAUCUCUUUAACCUUUGCUAAUGGUCAAGUCUGGCCUUCACUGUCUCUCUGCACCCCUGUGGGGGUCCCCCUUCCUCCACUGUAUGGAAGAGCCAUAGCUAGGAUGGUGAAUAAAGUUGAGAAUGUAUUUGGGUUGA